CGCGCUUUUCAAUCACGUGAUUUAUCUUAACCCACCCUAAACUCGUAAGCUCAGUGGACGUAUUGAGUCAGUCAAACGAAGGCACCGAAAUCAAUAUCGUCGCCGCUGACGCCGUUCGCUCCUCAAGACUUUCAUCAUGGCACGCGGACCGAAAAAACACUUGAAGCGCCUUGCCGCGCCCUCCUCAUGGAUGUUGGACAAGUUGAGCGGUACCUACGCUCCCCGUCCUUCUCCUGGCCCCCACAAGCUCCGUGAAUCGCUCCCCCUCACCAUCUUCCUUCGCAACAGGUUGAAGUAUGCACUGAACGGCCGUGAAGUCACCUCGAUCGUCAAACAGCGAUUGAUCAAGGUCGAUGGCAAAGUGCGAACUGACACUACCUUCCCCACCGGCUUCAUGGACACCAUUUCCAUCGAAAAGUCCGGCGAGCACUUCCGUCUCCUUUACGAUGUCAAGGGUCGUUUCACCAUCCACCGCAUCACCCCCGAGGAAGCCUCCUACAAGCUCCUCAAAGUCCGCAAGGUCGCUCUCGGCGCCAAGGGUGUCCCCCAUGUCGUCACUCACGACGGUCGCACCAUCCGCUAUCCUGACCCUGCCAUCAAGGUUAACGACACUCUCAAGUUUGACCUUGAGCAGGGCAAAAUCACCGAAUUCGUUCACUUCGACACCGGAAACAUUGUGAUGAUUACUGGUGGACGUAACAUGGGUCGUGCUGGUGUGAUCACGCACCGCGAGAAACACAUUGGUGGUUUCGAUAUCGUGCACGUCAAGGAUUCCUUGGACAGAACCUUCGCCACCCGUAUCUCUAACAUCUUCGUCAUCGGUGAGGGCACAAAGCCCUGGAUAUCGCUACCCAAGGGCAAGGGUACGAAGCUCACCAUCUCGGAGGAGAGAGAUCUCAGGAGGAGACAGCGGGCUGCCGAGCAAUAGACGUUGUCAUGGAGGGUCUAUUGAUUUCUUUUGCAGCAUUACUUUCUCUCUAUGCCCCAUGUGUAUGGCCGAUCAUGACGCAAAAACGCAGAUACUCGCAUGGUGGUUAUGAAUAUAUGAUUCAUCUGCACUCUCUACUUCAUGUGUUCACUAAACAUUCGAAUGGCAUUGCAGUGUAAAUGGAGGAAAAAU